GGGCACGUACAAGCCGAGAUUACGUCUGUCAGAUCUCGCGAGAACGACCGUUGAUUUUCAAAACGGGCGGCAGCGUUGAGAGAGGAGAAACUGUCGGAGAUAAACAAGAACAGGGGGAACAAGUUGCAGAAAAGAAAAGAUGACUGCAGACAAUGCAAUAGAGAUUAAAGAGGCGUUUCAGCGCGCCCAGAAGGGCCACAACAACAAGGCUAAGCUAGUGGCCAGCCUCAAGAGCCGCUACAACAAGCUAGAGGACAAGACACUGUUCCACGAGGAGUUUGUGCACUAUCUGAAGUACGCCAUGAUUGUGUACAAGCGAGAGCCCACUGUGGAAAAUGUCAUUGAGUUUGUUGCCAAGUUUUCCACAAGUUUCCAGUGUCCGCCCAAAACAGAAGAGGAGGAAGAAAAGGGUGAGGAAGAAGAGGAAGAUGAUGAUGAGGAGGAUGAUCAUCCCUUUCUGAGUUUCAUCUUCAACUUCCUGUUGGAGUCUCAUAAAGCCAACAGCCAUGCAGUGCGUUUCCGUGUUUGCCAGCUGAUCAACAAACUUCUGGGCAGCAUGGCAGAGAAUGCCCAGAUUGAUGAUGAUCUGUUUGACCAGAUCCACCAAGCCAUGCUUAUCCGUGUCACUGACAAGUUUCCCAAUGUUAGAAUUCAGGCUGCCUUGGCCAUGACCCGCCUGCAGCAGCCAAUGGACCCUGACUGCCCUACCAUUGAUGCCUACAUGAUGAUCCUGGAGAAUGACUCCAAUGCAGAAGUGCGGCGUGCUGUUCUCUCCUGCAUCGCCAUGUCCCCCCGCACUCUCCCCAAAGUGCUCAAACGCACCCGGGACAUUAAAGAGAAUGUCCGAAAGCUAGCCUACCAGGUUCUGGCAGAAAAGGUCCAUAUCAAAGCCCUGAGCAUUGCACAGAGAGUCAGUCUACUGCAGCAGGGUCUCCACGACUCCUCAGAGGCUGUGAGGGAGGUGGUUUGUGCUCGUCUGCUGCCGGCCUGGCUGCUGCGUCUGGAUGGGAACGUGGUGGAGCUGCUUCAUAAGCUCGAUGUAGAGAAUUGUGCCCAAACAGCCCUGGACACACUCAGAGCUAUCUUCACCAGCACACCUGCUGAUGAGCUGCUGCAGAACAAGCUGCAGCUUGACAACAGGAAGCUGAUCCCACUGGACUCUCUGAGCUGCGAGAACGUGCUGUAUUGGAGAGCUCUGUGUGAGUUCAUCAAGGCUAAGGGAGAUGAGGGUGAUGAAAUGCUGGAGCAAGUACUACCAGACGCUGCCACUUAUGCUGACUACCUCUACGGGUACCUGAAGGCAGUGCCAGUGCUGUCUGAGGAGCAGAGGGCCGACUUCAACCAGCUGGAGCUGGUCAUGACCAAGGAGUUCAUUUCCCAGCAGCUCAUCCAUCUCACUGGUUGUCUGGACACCAACGAGGAGGGUGGACGGAGGCGUGUGUUGACUGUACUGCAGGAGAUGCUGGCUCUGCCACAGACACCUCCGUCCCUAGUCUCACUGCUCACAGAGAAACUCCUCGCCCUCAUCCCUGAUGACCACAGACGCACACAGACUGUGGCAGAAAUCAUCUCCGAUGUGAGGGAGCCCAUCAUGGAAGCCUCUCAGCCUAUGAAUGAGAACGAAAGUCGCAAGCAGCAGGUGCAGCUGGCAGAGGUUAAAGUGCGCAUUUUAGAAGCUAAACAAGCACUGGAAGACUGUAUUACAGCCCAGGAGUUCAGCCGCGCUGCAGAGCUGAAGGACUCCAUCACAGGGUUGGAGAACCACAGGAACCAGAUCAUCCAGGACAUCGCAGAGAGCAGCCAGCCAGCCGAUAAGGAGAUCCGCACUGAGAAGAAUGACCCCGAGACUCUCCUGAGGUGUCUGACAAUGUGUGCCGAACUGCUCAAACAAAUGAACAUCAAGACUCGUAUGAGUCCCACCAUUAGUGCUUUAAUGUCCUCACUGAUUCUGCCCAGUAUAGCUAAUGCCCACCCCGCUGUCCGCAACAUGGCUGUGGUGUGUCUGGGAACAUGCGCUCUGCACAGCAAGGAGCUGGCCAAAACACACAUGGUCCUCCUGCUGCAGAUUGCCCAGUUGGAUGAGGUUAAGAUCCGUAUCAGUGCUCUGCGGGCCGUCAUCGACCUGCUGCUGCUGUUUGGCUUCCAGCUGCUCUCCGACAGACCUGCCACUCAGACAGAGCGUCCCUCUCAUUCGCCAGACAGACAGGAAGAUGAGACGCCAGCGGCUGAGGAUAAGGGGGACGCUCCAGAGGACAGCGCACAAAGCAUACUGAUAAUGCUGUCAGACUUCCUGGACAGUGAGGUGUCUGACCUGCGUACAGAGACAGCGGAGGGCCUAGCCAAGCUCAUGUACACGGGCCGGAUAUCCAGUGCCAAGAUGCUGUCCCGCCUGGUGUUGCUAUGGUAUAACCCCGUCACCGAGGACGACACCCGCCUGCGUCACUGCCUCGGAGUCUUCUUCCAGCUUUAUGCCCGCGAGAGCAGGGCCCACCAGGAGGUUGUGGAGGAGUGUUUCCUGCCAACAAUACGGACACUGAUGAAUGCCCCGGCCACCUCACCACUGGCCGAGGUGGAUAUUAACAAUGUGGUUGAGCUGCUUGUAGAGUUGACCCGCCCAAGUGCCCUUAUCAAACCUUCAACCAACACUGAGGAGGUGUGUGUCCAUGACUACUUGGCGGUGCGAGUGUGUGGGGAGAUGCUGAAAGACCCCACAGCCCCUGAAGUGCGUCUCUAUGCUAAGACUCUAAGCAACCUGGAGCUCAGUACAGACGGGACCAUCAGGAAAGACUUGCUGACGCUGCUACAGCAGAUCACGCAGGUGGUGAAGGAUCGGAUCUGUCUCCGUGCUGUGGAAAAGAUGAUUGAUCAGCUGGCAGAUUCUAGGGAACAGGCUGAGCUCCUGACCGCCAGUGCAUUACAGCCGUUGGAUGUCAAUGCAGAUGAGACUGCAACUGAGGAUCCAUCUAAAUCUGCCAAGAGACCUAAAAGAGGUCUGAGGAAAGGCACCACAGCCAAAGGGGGCAGAAAGCCGAGCAGAAGGGCAGAGUCAUCGGAAGAGAGUGAUGGAGAGAAUGUUCCAGAGUCUGUUGCUGUGGCGCGCCCCUCUCGGAAGGCCAAGAUAGCUGCCCUGGAAAAGACAAAGCUGGACCUCAACGCCCUCAUCAACCAGGAGGCCAACAUGUCUUAGGACUUAGAUCAUAUAUAACUGAGGCUGGGUUAAGACUAGUCAAAUUUGCAAAAGUGGAGAGUACAGUUCAUUGUUUUGUUAUGCCAGGCUAAUAUAAUACAGACUUCAAAUGGAAAACAUCAAAUUUACCUCCUAAAUAAAAUGAAUUUGACAAAAUAAUUUCUCCAUUAUUUCUAGCCAGUGGGAAAUAUUCUUUUUAGCAUGUUUGUGUCUGUACCAAUAUCUGUCACAUUUUGUCAUUUUAAUUACAAUAAAAAGUAACGUUUGCAUCACUGAA